UCCUCAAAAGUCUUCUGCGCGCUUUUAGUAAGGUAACUUUACUCCUGUACGCAAAUAAAACUGGGCAUUUUUGGUUGACGAUGCCAUCCAUAAUUGCAUUUACAUAACUACGAUUACUGAGCCUAUGACUCCCUGGGUCGUGCUCGGAGGUGAGAAAUUCCAUGUCGCUAAGGAUCAGUGCACCAACUAAUGUGUAAUUUUUCAUUCUUUCGACAUAACUACCGCUCGGUGUACAGUGAGUGUCGGUGUAAAUGUACAGUUCGCAUUAUCAGAGCACAUGCGCCGGAAUCUCUCCGGAUUCUCCCGGAGAUCUCCGAUUGUGAUGUCACUGGGAGGGCGUGGCCGCGGCCAGAGCCGUAACGACAGGAAAGCAAGAUGGCGGAUCUCGAAGACGUUACGCUGGACGGGAAACCGCUCCAUUCGCUCCGUGUGGCGGAUUUAAAAGCCGCCCUGGAGCAGAGAGGGCUUCCUAAGAGCGGGCAGAAAAACGCGCUCAUCAAGCGCCUCAAAGGGGCUCUGAUGCUGGAGAAUCUGCAGAGGACUUCCACCCCUCACAUUGGCCUCCAGCCCAACUCCCAGAUUGGGGAGGAGAUGAGUCAGAACAGCUUUAUAAAGCAGUACCUGGCCAAGCAGCAGGAGCUCCUUAGGCAGCGUCUGGAGCGAGAGGCCCGCGAGGCGGCCGAGGCCGACGACAGUGUGGUGGUGCCGGAGGAAGAGGACCAUGCAGAGGGUAACGGCAGCACUUCCUGUACCCCAGAGCAGCGGGUGUCUGCGCCCCUCCACCCGCCGCUGGCAGAGGGAGGGGGGAGAGGUGUGGGGGCGUCGGAGGCUGGUGCAGCCGGAGAGGAAGGGACGGCAGCCCAACAGCCCGUAUCCUUCCCACAAUCCUCUGCUCUCACGGCAUCACAGCAACACGCCCUGAGCGGGCAGAAGGAGGCACGGCCUGCGUCCUGGGGAGGCCCCGCCCCCAGCCCCCUCACCCUGGAGUCCGGGCCCCGGGAGGCCCCCGAGGCCCCCGCGGGCGUGGCCCCUCCCCGCGCUGUGGCCUCGCUCUCAGUGCGUGUGCUCACAGGUCUGUCUCUGCCCCGCCCCUCAGAGCAAGAGGGCGCCACCCCCACCGCGCCCGGCCCCGCCCACUCCGGCCUGCAGCUCAGCCAGUCGGCACAGCCUGCCAGUCGCGCCCGUGAGGACAGCGAUGAGGAUGAUGACGAUGAUGACAGCGAUGAAGAGUGGGGUGUGGGGCAGAGGAGGGGGGUGCGGGUGCAGCCCGUGUGGGAGAGGUCCCGACGCAAGCAGCAGCCCCCGCAGCACAUCCCCCCCCAGCUGCAGCUGCGUGAGCCCACGCCCCCUCCCUCUCCCCCCCUGGAGCCCUCCUUCCCCCUCCCCGACACCCCCAAACAGAGCCCGCCCGGCCCGGAUGCGCCUGAGGGCGGGGCCGCGGGGGUUGCCGAGGGCGGGGCAGCCUCGGGCUCUGCCCCUGCCCUGCAGCGAUUGGACAGCACCUCCAGCUCGGACAGCAGCCCCGAGCCCCCGCAGGACCGCCGGCCCGGCCCCCUCUCCCUGCUUGCCCGCAAAAUGGAGUCGGAGGGAGCCUUCGCCCCGCCCCGCAGGAAGGCCCGCCCGGAAGCCCCGCCCUCCCCGCAGAAACAGCCCUGCACCGGAGCCCAGGACGCGGAAGGGGAGGCUGGGAGAGGAGCCCCCGAGACGGCGCCCCCUGCAGGCGCAGCACAGAGAAGCACUGCAGAGAGCGGUCUGCCGCCAUGGAAACGCAGCCGCGAGAUGGAGAGGGAGGAGUCACAGGCUCCGCCCGAGCCCGCUGCUGUGCCCCUCUCCCCUCAGCCCACUAAAAGCCCUCAGAAAUCCCACUUCCUGCAGGACACGCCGCCCUCUGCCCCGCCCACCGCCGCCUCUGCCAGCCGCUCUCCUGUUGCUAGGAGACUGCACUCUGCCACGCCCCCUCCAGAGGGGGAGGCCGGCCCCCCUGCUGAACCCCAGCAGGCGGAUGCUGGGGUGCCCCCGCCUGACACAGAGGGUGCUGGCGUCGCUGUGGAGACCACCCCUGCGGAGGAGGCGAGGCCCCGGCCGGCCGCGGUGGUGCUGCCGCCCUCACCCCCGCCAGAGGAGGGCGACGCUGAGAGGCCGUCCUCUUCCUCCACUGACUCCUCUUCCUCCGACUCGGACUCUGCAUCAUCAUCGGGCUCCUCCUCUUCCUCUGGUGACAAAGGCCGAGCUGCUCCCAGCAGCAGGAGGGGAGGCUCCCCUGAUGCCUCCGCAGGGCCUGCCCGGAAGAGGAGAGGGGAGCAGGAGCAGGAGGAAGGAGGAGCGAGCCACAGGAAGAAGCCAUGCCGGGAGAGGGGAGGAGAAGAGAGGACACACCCAGCCAGAUACCACCGCAGCCCAAACCGCAGGCCGAAUCAGAGCCCUUCGCCCGGUCACAGCAGCGCUGCCGCGCCGGGGCCAGCUGCGCGGUCCGGGCCGGAGCCCAACAACAUGCUGUCCGACAGCAACAAAAGCGGGGUGGGAAAGCAGGUUAGCUCUGCCAUGGAGGUGGAGGGGAGUCCGGAGUCAGAGUCUCGGCCUGAGGGCCAGGCGGCGCCAGAGAGCAGUGAGGGCGGCUUGGAGGAGAGCACCACACCCAAAGCAUUUGCUGCCCGCAAGAUCUCCCUGACCACAGCCAGUAAGCCUCCCCCAGGGGGCGGGGCAGGCAGCAUGGGGGCAUCGCCCCCAGGGACUCAGGGGGAGGCGGAGUCUGGCGGCCCGGCGGGGAGGAAGAGGAGGUGGGGCUCCAGCACAGCAGUCACAGCCAAGAAGCCCUCCAUCAGCAUCACCACAGACUCACUGAAGUCUCUGAUUCCGGACAUGAAGCCUGGAGCGGGGAGCCAGGAGGCGGUGGUGGAGCUGCACCCUGAGGAGGCCCGUCUGUCCGGGGACGAGGAGGUGCCGGAGCGGGGCGAGGGCGGGGAACCUGGCCUGGAGUCAGGCCUGAAGAUCCGCCGCACCGUCACACAGGUGGUUCCUGCUGAGGGCCAGGAGAAUGGACAGAAGGAGCAGGAGGAGGAGGAGGAGGAGGUGCGGGGAGGAAGGCCAGUGUCUCUUAAGGAGGAAAGUAAGGACAGCUGUGCUGAGGUUGCCAUGGAAACGCACGCUCCUGCAGCCCACGAGGGGGACGGAAAGAAAGUGACCCCCAGCGACACCCUGGUGCGUCGCUCCAUCAGCCAGCAGAAAGCGGGCGUGUCCGUCACCAUCGACGACCCCGUGCGUACAGCCAAGCAGCCCUCUCCCCCCCGCGGCAAGGUCACCAACAUCGUGCACGUCUGCCACCUGGUGCGGCCGUUCACUCUGGGCCAGCUGAAGGAGCUGCUGAAUCGCACGGGCACCGUGCUGGAGGAGGGAUUCUGGAUCGACAAGAUCAAGUCCCACUGCUACGUCACCUACUCUACCACAGAGGAGGCAGUUGCGACCCGUAAUGCUCUGCAUGGGGUCAAGUGGCCCCAGAGUAACCCCAAAGUCCUCAGUGUGGACUUCUGCGAGCAGGACGAGCUGGAUUUCCACAGGGGUCUGCUGUCGGGGGACGGGGGGGUAGAGGAGGACGGGGCGGGCGUGGCCGGGGGCCCAGGGGGAAAGCCCCCCCCGCUGCUGCCGGAGCGGGACCUGUGGGCGCAGAGAGAGAGGGAGAUGGAGCGCAGGGAGAGGGCCCGCGCAGAGAGAGAGUGGGACCGCGACAAGGUGCGGGAUUUCGGCAAACCCGGAGAGGACCGGGAGGGAGGGGCCAGACGCUCCCGCUCCCGCGACAGAGAGAGGAGGCGCAAGGAGAGGGGCAAGAGCAAGGAGAGGAAGACCGACAAGAAGGAGAAAGCCCCAGAGGAGCCCCCAGCCAAGCUGCUGGAUGACCUGUUCUGCAAAACCAAAACUGCCCCCUGCAUAUACUGGCUCCCCCUCAGUGAGGAACAGGCGCGGCAGAGGGAGGCGGAGCGGGCGGAGCGGAUGAAGGAGAGGGAGCGGCGGCGGAAGGAGCAGCAGGAGGAGGAGGAGCGCAAGCGUGAGGAGGAGCGCAGGGAGAGAGCCAAGGGCCGGGAGAAGGAGGCGGGAGGCGCCGAGGGCGAGCGAGAGCGGGAGAGGGAGAGGGAGCGGGCCAGAGAGAGGGAGGGAGACAAGAGGCGGGACAGCCACCGGGCCCGGGGGGCAGAGUCCAGGCCUGCAGGCGGGGCCGGGGGUGGGGCCAGGCGCUCCCGCAGCCGCAGUACCCCCCCGCCCCGCGACCGGCGCCGCUGACGGCCGCUCGGGAUUGUGGGUACCAGCUGCCCCCCUCCUGUCUGACAGGGGGAUCGGGGUGGGGGGGCACAGCAAGGCUACUUUGGCUCACAGUGGAUACUUCAUGCGUCCCCUGACUGUGCGAAACAUCCUAAGCCUCAGAGAUAGAUACACACACACACACACACACACACACACACACACACACACACACACACACACACACACACACACACACACACGUGCACAGACAGUGAGAGAGACAUGGAUGCAGAAAGAGGCUCACAGAUUCUUUCUCGCUCACACACACACACACACACACACACACACACACACACUUCCAAGUGAUCGCACGUCAGGAGUGAUGCCAGAGAAAUGCAGCCCUGAUCCCCUCAGUUAGACAGCGCCCCCUAGUGUUCCCCGGGAGAGGAGUGAGAGCCACACUCCCGGCCCUGCGCCCUGAGGCAGAGCUCUGUCCUCUCAGGGCAGCCCCUGCAUGGGAUAAACGCUCCAAUUUCUGUAAAAUGUUUAAAUUGUUGAAAUUGUACUCUCCUUGUUUCUGAGAUAACCCCGGCCGUGCGCUCUGUCCUGGAGUCUGUGGCGUGUGGUGAGUUUGGUAUGGCGUCUCACCACGCUGGGAUAGACCAGGCCACACUGUUCUACUGCUCUCUGUUUCCAGGGGGACGGGUUUCGCUGUCGCACGCUUGUCUGCCCUGCUGUAGUUCAGUUCAGAGUCUGACGGUGGAGCUGUUGUGAUGAGAGGAAAUCGUGAAGAAUCCACAGCCCUCCCUGUGUACCUGAGGAGCAGCACAGGGGAUCCGUGUGACCUGUAGAGACACCCCGUAAUUACUGUUGUAUUAUUGUUUUAGAUUUUGUUUUAGUAUGAAAUAAUUAUUUGCUUUUUUGGGUUUUCCCUGUAAGUGCUGAAUGUACAAAGACUUUAAAAAAAAAAGUAAAAUUUAAAAAAUAAAUCUUGUUUUU